AUGGCCAGACAAGUCAAAAGAAAGAGUGGUGGGAAUAGUCACAAUGGGCAUUUCAAGGAAAGACAUGUCAAAAGGGGGAGGUCAGAGUUAAGAACAAUAACAAGAACAGCAAGAAGAGCAAAAGAUGAACCUGAACAGGCAGACCAAUUUAAUACUGAAUCAAUAGAAGAUGAAGAAGAUGUACAGCUGAACGAGGAAAAUGAAGAUGAAGAGGAGGAAGACAAAGGUAAAGCAUACUCAGCGUUGCUAACUUUAUUGAAGUCUGACAACAAGGAAAAGAAAAUUCCAGGCGUGGAGGAAAAUCAUGAACAAGAUAUAUCUGAAGAAGUAGAGGAAGACGAAUUAGCAGGCGAAAAUUUAGAGGUAAGCGACGAAGAAGAUUUACAAGAAGAUGAAGAGGUAGAAUCAGAAGAUGAUGAAGACUCUCCCUCGGGUUUAGCAAAUGAUCCAUUUGAAGUGCAUUUUAAUCAACCAAGUGAAGAAUACUUAGAAAAGGAGGAGAAACUUGUACUAAAAGACCAUGAAAAAUGGAAAAUACUGGCAAAAAAUACUAUAGAAGAUCUUUCAUUAAGUUCUAUUGCAACUUUACCACCUGGAUCUCCAAUAAACUCACCAAUAGAGAAACCAAUUUCUUCAAUAACAAAAUACACUAGCUUGAAAAAAAGAAUCACUGAUGCAUACGAGAAAAAUCAUGGUCAAGAAUUGUCAAAAUUAGACUCCACUUUACUUCAACCAAUUUUAAAUUAUCAAGAUGUCAAUUACCAAUACAAAUUAUAUUCAAAUAAAUCAUAUAGAAAACUUUAUAUCAUGCAUGCAUUGAAUCAUAUCUACAAAACAAGAGAUAGAAUUAUCAAAAACACAGCCAAAUUACAUCAAGCUAAUGAGACUAAUCACGAUUUGGAAUUAAGAGAUCAAGGUUUCACUAGGCCAAAAGUACUAAUAUUAUUACCAACAAGAGAUUCAUGUAAUGAAGUAGUAGAACAAUUAAUAAAAUUAUCAGGUACUGAUCAACAAGAAAAUAAGAAAAAAUUCACAGCUCAAUUUUAUGCCAAAAAUGAAUCAAGAACUAAUAAACCAGGAGAUUUUCAAGAUUCUUUUAAAGGUAAUAAUAAUGAUUUUUUCUGUAUUGGAUUAAAAUUAACUAGAAAAUCUUUAAAAUUAUAUUCAUCUUUUUAUUCAUCAGAUAUAAUACUAGCAUCACCACUUGGGUUAUCAAUGAUUUUAGAAAAUCCCGACAAGAAGAAAAGGCAAUAUGAUUUUAUAUCAUCGAUUGAAGUAUUAAUUAUGGACAAGGCAAAUCAAAUAGAAAUGCAAAAUUGGGAUCAUGUGAAUACAAUUUUAAAAUAUAUUAAUAAAAUACCAAAAGAGUUUCAUGAUGCUGAUUUUAGUAGAAUAAGAAUGUGGAGUAUCAAUGAUCAAGCUCAAUUGUUGAGACAAACUUUAGUAUUUUGUGAGUAUUUGACUCCCUCUAUUAACAAUCUAAUAUCAUCAAAGUCAUUUAAUUUACUGGGUAAAAUAAAAUUCAAACCCUUUAUUAAUUCAGAUACUAGUAUUAUGAACUCAAUUGGUUUGAAAAUUAAACAAAUAUUCCAGAGAUUUCCAAGUGAAUCACCGUCAACUGAUCCAGAUUCUAGAUUCAAAUAUUUCAUAAACUCUACAGUUCCAAACUUAUUAAAAACAUCAUCUUACGAAGAUGGGAUUAUGAUUUACAUUCCAUCAUAUUUCGAUUAUUUAAGAGUUAAAAACUACUUUAAAACAUCAACAAAAUUCAAUUUUGGAGCAAUCGAUGAAUAUAGUUCACAAUCAAAAUUAACAAGAACGAGACAUGAAUUUCACCAAGGUAAAAUCAAAAUCUUAUUAUAUACAGAAAGAUUACAUUAUUUUAGAAGAUAUGAAAUUAAUGGAGUUAAAACAUUAAUUAUGUAUUCACCACCAACAAAUCCCAUAUUCUAUAAAGAGCUCAUCAGAUUAAUUGGUAAACUGAUUUUCAAAGAUGAAUGUGAUUUAAAUUUAGCUUUAGUUAAAAUCCUUUUCUCAAAAUGGGAUGCAACAACUUUAGAAAGAAUUGUUGGAAAUGAAAGAGCUCCAAUAUUAUGUAAUUCAAGAAAUGAAUUAUAUGAAUUUAGAUGA